AAAUCUAAUAAAUCCCCCGAUUGCCCUAGCUGUCACGAAUCAUCAAACAACCCUCCCAACCCACUCUUCCGUUGCCCAAAAAUGCCGGCCGAAAAGCGCAUGACCGCCAACCCGCUCAAGCCAGCGCGCUACCGCGCCGGCAAGCCGGUUGGCCCCGAGUCCGAUUCUGAUUCAGACGCCCGCGGAUCCGAUCAAGAAGAGGAAACAACCAAGAAAGCGGCCCCCCGGAGGACCGCGCCGCCACCCAAGUUCGCGAGUGCCGCGGGACCCGGGCGAAUCAUCAGCCGCGGCGAUGGCGCAAAGAUUGAUCUCAAAGGUGUGGGUCUAGGGGAGGUGGAGGAUGAAGAAGCCCGUCGUGAGGCCGCUCGAAAGGCGCGCAUCGAGGCGGAGAAGAAAGCAAAGGAGGAGGGGUUUGUGACGGAAGAGGAGGAGGAGGAAGAAGAAGAAGACGAGGAAGGGAGCGAAGAAGAGAGUUCGGAAGAGGAGGAGAGCUCAGAAGAAGAAGAGGCCCCGCGACGAUUAAUGAUGCGGCCUAAGUUCAUCCCUAGGAGCCAACGGCAAGGGAACGGCUCGACGACGGCCCCGAAGGCAGAAAAUUCCGCUCCAGCAGAAGACGAAGCAGCCGCCGAAGAAGCCCGCCGCAAGGCUGCGGACGAGCUGGUCGAAGAGCAGAUCAAGAAGGACCUGGCCGCCCGCGCCGCCGGUAAGAAACACUGGGAAGACGACGAGAGCGGCACAGAACACGAGGUCGACGACACCGACGACAUCGACCCGGAAGCCGAGUACGCGGCGUGGAAGCUGCGCGAGCUGAAGCGGCUGCGGCGCGAGCGCGAGGCGAUCGAGGCCAAGGAGAAGGAGCUGGCCGAGAUCGAGCGGCGGCGCAACCUGACCGAGGAGGAGCGGCGCGCCGAGGACGAGGCGCAUCUCGCCGCGCAGCGCGAGGAGAAGGAGAGCCGCGGCAAGAUGGGGUACAUGCAGAAGUACUUCCACAGGGGCGCCUUCUACCAGGACGAGAGCAAGGCGGCCGGGCUGGACAAGCGGGAUCUUGUCGGGGCCAAGUUCGCCGACGACGUGAAUCGCGAGCUGCUCCCCAAGGCCUUGCAGUUGAGGGACAUGACCAAGAUUGGCAAGAAGGGCGCCACGAAGUACAGGGAUCUCAAGAGCGAGGAUACGGGCCAGUGGGGGCGCUGGGACGAUGGGCGCCCGCGGCGGCAGUUCGACCGCGGUGUCGAUGAGCGGUUCCAGCCGGACGACCGUCGCCGGGACUGGGAGAGGAGCCAUGACAGUGGCGGCAAGGGCGCCAAUUCGAUUCCGCUUGGGGAGCGGAGGGAAAAGCCGCGGGAAGGCGAUCGGUAUCGGGAUAGGGAUAUGGGCUCUGAUCGGGAUAGGAACAGGUUUAGAGAUCGGAGCAGAGAUAGGCACAGGGACGGUGACAGGGAUAGGCAAAGACGGUCGAGGUCACGGUCACCCGUACGGGACAGGGGAGAGCGGAGGAAACGAUCACCGUCCCGGGAACGGGACAGGGAUCGGUACGAGAGCGACAAGCGGCGGAGAGUGGAAGCCAGAUAA